AUGCGUUUCGCAGCUGCAUACCUUUUAGUCGUGAUCUGUGGAAAUGCUUCCCCAGCCGCCGCCGACAUCGAGAAAAUCCUCAGCUCCGUCGGUAUCUAAGCGGAUUCAGUCCGCGUCAGCAAGGUGAUUAGCGAGCUGAAAGGUAAGUCGAUCGAGGAGCACAUCGCAUCCGGCCGGGAGAAAUUGUCUUCGAUACCAACUGGUGGAGCUGCUCCGGCAGUCGAUGGUGUCACUGCCGUUGGUCUUGCUACUGCCGCACCCACUGGAGGGAAGAAAGCUAUUUUUUUGAAAGAAGAGAAGAAGGAAAAUACCGAUUCCGAGGAUGACAACAUGGUAUUUGGCCUGUUCGAAUAA